AACGACUGGAAGAGGAAAAGGACAGUGAUGUGAAUUGAAAUGAAUUUCCCGAAGAUGCCAUAAUCAGUCGCGAGGUCGGGGAUCAGUCGUAACGUAACGGCGCGGCAAACAUGUUCUACCCACAGAGAGUAAUGCGGCAAAUCUCGGAAAUUUCCUACGUGGGAAGUUUCAAAUUGAUAAGAAUGUCGACCAAUCGAGAGGGCGAGACUGCAGUGACCAUCCCGCUGCAGUAUAAUGAAGCUCAUUGGAAAGCUAUUUUUGAGAAAUAUGAUCUCGAUGGAGACGGGAAAAUAUCACUGCAAGAGCUGAAGGCGAUGAUACGUGGCCCAGAUUUUUGCAAUGAUAUUCCUGCUGCAGUAGUUCACACAAUAAUGCAUAAGGUAGAUCUGGACGAGUCUGGUUACUUGGAGUAUCCAGAAUUCAUAGCAAUGAUUCACAGAAAGGACAUGCAAGGUAUAUUUGGACACCUUGUGCAGCGUUAUGUACACUCUGUGAUACCUCAACGACCGACUCGUGCCAUGAGGCAAACUUCCGUGGGCUCGAGGUAUUAUCCCCAGCGACAAUUCAGUACGAUAAUGCAAGCAAUGCAAGCACCUCCUUCCCCUUCGAGCUUCGGCGAUUCUCCCCAGGCUGUUAUGUUAUGUAGCCGACGUAGUCCUGCAUGUUAUUCUGAUAUGCAACGUCUGCAGCAACAAACAAGUACAAUAACGGAAUCUUCUCUCUACUCUAGCGACUAUCCAGAUGGGCUGUACGAAGAUGAGUACAGCUGUCGACCGCCGGCUGUAGCAAUGAUAAUCAUAUCGCUAAUAGAAAUCAUUUUGUUCUUGUAUGACGUGAUUAAGCACAAAUCUCUUUCUGUAGAAGGCCCGGCAGCUACAUUAUUUAUUUAUAAUCCGCACAAGAGGUAUCAAGCCUGGCGGUAUCUAACGUACAUGUUUGUGCAUGUUGGAGUUUUCCAUUUGGUCGUUAAUCUAUUGGUCCAAAUCAUGCUGGGCAUUCCACUAGAGAUGGUUCACAAGUGGUGGAGAGUACUGAUAAUAUAUAUAGCCGGAGUAUUGGCUGGAUCUCUUGGUACGUCUGUCUCGGACCCGACGGUUUACCUGGCCGGCGCAUCGGGCGGUGUGUACGCGUUGAUCACUGCUCACGUGGCGACUAUCGUAAUGAACUGGUCGCAAAUGGAAUUCGCCGUGCUGCAACUACUGGUGUUCCUCGUUGUCACGAGCGUCGAUGUCGGUCAAGCCGUGUACAAUCGUUAUGUGCUCGACACGAACGACCAGAUUGGUUACGUGGCGCACUUGGCCGGCGCCAUUGCGGGCCUCCUGGUGGGUAUAAACAUACUACGAAAUCUUGAGGUACAAACUUGGGAGAAAGCUGUCUGGUGGGCCAGCAUGUUCACCUAUACGGGCCUCAUGACUGCCGCUAUCUUGUGGAAUAUCUUGUAUCCUUCGUAUUACGAAUGAUGCUGUUUCAAGUGUCGGUAUCUAUCUCGUCUGAGUCAUUUACCGAGGUACAUAGGUAGCAUCAAAUGCAUUGACACUGAAGAGAGAGAGAGAGAGCAAAGAAUUCCUGUUCAGGAAGAAAAUAUUAUAUGUAUAUGCACAAAUUUAUUAUAUAUUUUGAAUAACGGAUAUGAAAAAGUACUCGCAAUAUAUAUAUAUAUAUAUAAAUAAUAUUUUGUAUAAUUUUGUAUUAGUAUAAAAUAUUUUAUAUAUUAAUAUGUAAUAUAUAGCUUUCGAAUAUAUAUAUUCGAAUGUAGAGAAAUGUAGUGUAUGUUUUCAUACAGAUGCCGCGAAAAAAUCAGAUCUAGAGCGAUAUUCAUAGUCUGUUUUCAACGAGAUUUAACGAGAUAGUCUUAAAUAUAUCUAGUAGAUAGUAUACUAGUACAACUAUCUGAUUGACUAACAAAUGUCUCAAGAUCAUAUUUAAGACCUUAAGAACAAACUAUGAAUACCAUUCUUAGAUUUAUAAUUCUACAUCAGAGAUAAUCUAUGUAUGCGUGUAAGUAGUAUUAAACAAUUCAGUAUUUUUCGAGUACACAUUUUCGAGAGCAAAUAGUAACACAUCAAAUUCUGUGAUACUCUUGUUACUCUUGUAUUAAGCGUAAACGCCUAUUUGCAGGUUUGACUACAUUGAAGUUAAGCACAAAGUAUUAAUAUUUCUAUUUUACGACUAUUGUCUGAUUGUUUGAAAAUGCAUGAAAA